AUGAGUUAGUUGAACAAAGCAUAUUCAGAUUUUCAAGCUGAGAGUUGCAUUGGUUGGCGUAGAAAUAAAGUCUACUAGCAAAUUUAAAAAUUAGAGCAGAUUCGUCAAUCUGGUAUCAGUGUUCCGUUUUAAAAGCCUCAGUCAUCAUGUCGGCUAGACGGAAAAAUCCAGGCGACAGUUCCGAGCACUCGGAGAACGACACGACUCCGAGGUCGGCAGCAACUUUCAAACCUUUUCUAGAGCGACAUCUACAGAACCGAGUGAUGGAUCAGCAGCAGUACUACGACCCCAAUUCGCAUCAGAAUGGGGGUCAGCAGGCGGGGGGUGCCCACCACUUUGAACACCCGAUGCCCCAGUACCCGGUGCCCCCUCAAUACGCGGGCCAGCCCUACAUUCCCCCCGACUCAGAGGAUGAUGACGAGUACGACGAAGAGCGACUCAUGCAGGCGGAGAGAGAACUGUCCGAGGAUGCGCCCUGGAAGAAGAUCCAGCAGAACACGUUCACCAGGUGGGUGAAUGAGAAACUGAAGGCGACCAAUGAUGCGAACAUGGUGGUGAUGAAUCUACAGACAGACUUCAAAGACGGCAUCAAACUUGCCAGACUGGUGGAAGUACUUGCAGAUAAAAAGAUAUCUGGAGUGACAAAGAAGGCGAGGAUUACGAUCCAGCAGCUGGGCAACAUAACAGCUGUACUGGACUUUCUGAAGAGAGAGAACAUUGACCUAGUCACCAUUGACAGUUCCCACAUCAAUGCGGGUAACAUGAAGCUGGUGCUGGCUCUCAUCUGGGCCCUCAUUCUCCACUACUCCAUUGCACUCGCCAGAUGGAAUGACGAGGAUGACCUAGAUGGACAGAGCAAGAGUGGUCGCGAGAGGCUGCUUAAAUGGAUGGACAAUUACGUAACCGGACACUACGCCGGUCCCAAAAUCAACAAUUUCAACAAGGACUGGAACGACGGAACCAAACUGGGAGCCCUGGUAGACUCCAAGGCACCUGGUCUGUGCCCUGAUUGGGACGAGUGGAACCCAAACAACGCUUAUGACAACGCAGACAAGGCCAUGGACCUAGCCCAGACUUACCUCGACGUGCCUAAGCUGAUUGCACCUGAGGAAAUCAUCAGUCCUUCGGUUGACGACAAGGCUGUCAUGACCUACUUGUCACAGUUCCCCAAGGCCAAACCCAAGCCAGACACGCCUCUGAAGCCCUUCUGCAAACCCCAAAGGGCCAAGGCAUACGGACCAGGGGUGGAGCUGGAAGGCUGCGUGGCUAAUGUGCAGACUCACUUCACAAUUGAGACUUACGGAGCUGGUCAAGGCACAGUCGAGGCACUGGUCUGGGACCCAAAGGGAACCCAAGUGACGACUCAUGUAGUGUUCAACAAUGACAACUACAAGACGUACACUGUCAAGUACACUCCACUGGCAGCAGGACAACACCGGGUGGAGGUGAAGUGGAGUGGUAUGAUGAUCAAGGACUCUCCCUUCACUGUGAAUGUGGCGGGGGUGGUGGGAGACGCCUCCAAGUGCACAGCAUCGGGACCAGGUCUGGCGGUGAAUGGACUGGAGGCCACCCAGCCCACUUUCUUCGAAGUGUUCACGGAGAAUGCCGGAAGUGGAAAUGUGGAAGUUUUCAUUACGGAUCCCAACGGAAGACCCGAGACAGUACAAAUGCGAAUGGACCGCACAAACACUACAACUUAUACUGUGAAAUACUUGGCGUCUGUCGGUGGUACGCAUACCAUCAAGAUCACCUUCAAUGGACGAAAUAUUCCGGGAAGUCCUUUCUCAGUCAACAUGGGAUCUUCAUUCUUGAAAGAACCAGCUAAAAACGACCCGAAGAAGGUGGUUGUGAGUGGACGUGGAGUCCAGCCGAAAGGACUACGAGUGAACGAAGCUGCAGUUUUUACCUGCGUCACAAAAGACGCGGGCGAAGGAGUCCUAUUUGUGACUGUGCUGGGUCCAGGUGGUACCCCAAUUGGGUGCUCAAAGGAACCUAAGGCAUUCGGAGUGUUCGAGUGUGUUUACACGCCAAUGAUAGACGGACCAUACAAGGUAAUCGUGAAGUUCGGAGUAUCUUCGGAUUCCUCGAAGGAUGUUCCUCGGAGUCCUUUCCAAGUUCAAGUGGAGAAGCAGACAACCACUCUGGUCAUAGCAUACGGACCUGGAUUGUAUGGUGGCAGAGUGAAUCACCAGGCCGCCUUUACCGUGGACACACGCGGCGAACCAGACGCAAACUUAGGGUUUUCGAUCGAGGGCCCGAGUGAAGCCCAAAUUGACGCACAAGACAACAAGGACGGCAGCUGCCGUGCCAAGUACUUCCCCACAGUGCCUGGAGAUUACAUCAUCCACAUCACCUGCAACAACCAGGAUAUCAAGGACUCCCCCUUCAAUGCCAAGAUCCUUCCAGCAGACGCCGAAACCACGCCAAUAGAUCCGGGUCAGAUAAUGGUCAGUGGUCCAGGCAUUGCGCCUACCGGCAACGCGAUAAACAAGUCGACGACUAUAAUAAUCAUGUUCCCCCAAAACACGCCAAUGGGAAUGAUGCCCAAGGUGGAUGUGCUAAUUGUAGACAGGGAUGGUGAUAUUGUUCCUGCUUCGCCUGCACAACCAUUGGAGCAAUCUCCUCCGAAGUUUGCGGUGACGUAUGUUCCUGUGAAGUGUCAAAAGCACACUAUCUAUGUGACCUCGAGUGAAGUGGCAGUCGCUGAUUCGCCAUACCAGGUCUUCGUCGACUCCGGUUACGAUCUCAGCGAUGUGAAAGUUCUCAACCUCGAGCCAACUGUUAAAGUCAACGUUACUGAGCAGUUCGAGAUACGACAUCAUCCGAAUGCCGAUUUGCCGACGCCGCGAGUCGUGAUCAAAACACCAGCGAGACGAACGAUUCAAGCAGCCCUUCGACCGGGUCCUCCGGGGACGAAUUUGGUCAAUUUUGCUCUAGACGAAGAAGGUCCUCAUACACUUUCAAUUCACUUCGGAAAUAUGCUUUUCACCGAAGUUGGAAUUAACUCGGCAAUCGGCGCGAGCCCUGGUCGUGUUCGGGCUUACGGUCCAGGAAUAACCGGUGGAGAAGUGAAUCAUCCAGCUGAGUUUAACGUGGACACUCGAGGAGCCGGAACGGGAGCUCUGGGGUUGGAAAUCGAGGGUCCUUCCGAGGCACACAUUGAGUGUAAAGACGACUCAAAAGGACUGUGCCGAAUCAGCUACAUGCCUACUCUUCCUGGCGAAUAUGUAAUCACUGUUCGAUUUGCCGACGAACAUAUUGAUGGGUCUCCUUUUAAGGCAAUUGUUACCGCCAAGUAUGAUGCGAGCCGAGUUAAAAUUUCGGGUAAAGGUCUGCAUAGCGGAAAUGUUCGGGUUUACGACUGGGCCGAGGCUCGAAUCGAUUGUUCAGAGGCGGGAGAAGCUGAGAUGACUCAUGAAAUCAUAGGACCUAACGGUAGUAUGUCUAAACCAAUUCCAUCGUCUAUUUGGGCGAUUGACGAAGGAGUGUAUCUGUUGAAAUACCAGCCCCAAGAACAGGGGAAUCACACAGUUGUGUUGAAGUAUGGGGGACAAAAUGUGUCCCGGAGUCCGGUGAAAGUCACAGUGAAACCGUUCAUUGACGUCAGCGCCAUAAGAGUUCACAGGUUUUGGGCAGAUGUGUUCAUUGAUGGCUUCCAUGAUUUCCUCGUGGACGCCUCAGGCCAGCCAACUCGUGUGGGGAACGAAGAGGUCAAGGUAGUAAUAGUGGCUCCCUCGGGACGAAAGACUGCAGCCAAGGUCAAGCCUAAAGGAGAUGGAACAUACGAAGUGGGAUACGUGGUCAAGGAGAUGGGUCCUCAUAGCAUUGAGGUCAUGUACCAGGGAGCACAGAUCCCCGACAGUCCCUUCAAGAUCAACGCCAUCAAGGGUAGAGAUGCCACCAGAGUGUACGCAGACGGACCUGGUCUGAAAGAGGGAGUUAUGAACAAGGAAGCCUACUUUACAGUCUACAGCAAAAAUGCGGGGCCUGGAUCCCUUGGAGUCUACAUCGAGGGUCCCUCCGAAGCCAAGACGACAUUCAAGGACAACAAAGACGGCACUUGUUCGUUGGCGUACCUGCCGACAAAACCGGGCGAGUACAACAUAACGAUCAAAUACGAAGACGAACUAAUACCGGACUCGCCUUUCCAUGCCAUGAUUUACCCGAGCGAGCACGCGUUGCUGAACAAACCCGACCCGAAAAAGGUCAAGGUGUUUGGCUUGAAACCCCAGAAAGAUCCGAGGAGUCCUCUAGGAUCUCCUACUGUAGACACUCCGGCGACAGUCUUGGCAAGUGAGCCGCAACAAUUCUUCGUGGAUGCGUCUGAAGCAGGAGAGGCGCCUCUUCGUUGCGAAGUUACCGAUCCCGAGAACAGGGAACUUCCCAUCCAUGUUUCCGACAACGAUGACCUUACCUUCACUGUGCAUUGGGUGCCGGAGGACGUGGGACCUCACAAUGUCAGCGUUGUCUACGGAGGCCAGCCGGUACCAGAGUCACCUUUCACAAUCCAGUCGCAACCCACCGGAAACGCGCCUGAAGUCAUAGCACCUGAAAUCAAGCAAAUCAUACCUGUCAACGUGGACUAUCCUUUUACUGUCGAUGCAACCAAGGGAGGUCUCGGAAACAUCACCUGCUCGGCGGACGGACCCGACGGACGCAGGUAUCCUGUAUAUGUGUCUCAAGUACAGACUCCGAACGCCAAGCUUUACGAGUGCAAGUUCAGACCCAUCAUGGUCGGCACUUACCAGCUCAACGUCAAGUUUGGAGGAAACCACGUCAAGGGAUCGCCAUACAAAGUUUUGGCCAGCGACGACGAUGCAGACUUCGUUGAUGAUCCAAUUGCUGCAUCGAAAGUUAAACCGAACUUUCAACAGAAAAAACCAUUUGACCCCAGAGACCCAAACAAACCCGGAGAAGACCCCGAGUUUGAUGAGCCUAUCACUCCUUCUUCUUUGAGUCCAAACUACAAUCCAAAUAAACCUUUUCCGGAGCAUGGACCUGGGAAAAAGGGUCCACAAGGCAGAGGACCGGGUUCAAAAGAUCCCUUCAGAGGACCCCAAGGCCCUGGUGGAAAAGGACCAGGAGGCAAAGAUCCGUAUGGAAGACCAUUGGGACCAGAUGGUAAACCCCUCGGACCUGGUGGAAAAGACCCUUACGGCAACCCUCUUGGACCAGACGGCAAACCUUUUGGCCCGGGUGGAAAAGAUCCAUACGGCAGGCCCCUGGGACCAGACGACAAACCUCUCGGCCCAGGUGGCAAAGACCCUUACGGCAACCCUAUUGGACCAGAUGGCAAACCUCUUGGCCCGGGUGGAAAAGACCCAUACGGCAGGCCCCUGGGACCAGACGGCAAACCUCUCGGCCCAGGUGGCAAAGACCCUUACGGCAACCCUCUUGGACCAGAUGGCAAACCUCUUGGCCCGGGUGGAAAAGACCCAUACGGCAGGCCCUUGGGACCAGACGGCAAACCUCUCGGCCCAGGUGGCAAAGACCCUUACGGCAACCCUCUUGGACCAGAUGGCAAACCUCUUGGCCCGGGUGGAAAAGACCCAUACGGCAGACCCCUGGGACCAGACGGCAAACCUCUCGGCCCGGGUGGCAAAGACCCUUAUGGAAACCCUCUUGGACCAGAUGGCAAACCUCUUGUACCGGGUGGCAGAGAUCCUUACGGCAACCCUCUAUCACCGGGUGAAAAAGAUCCAUAUGGCAAUCCCCUUGGACCUGGAGGAAAGGAUCCUUAUGGGCGACCACAGGGAUUUGGUGACCCUAAAAGUCCCGGUGGUAAAAGACCAUUUGGUGGUCCACAUACACCAGAUGGCCCACAAGGAGUUAAAAGUCCCUAUGGCCCACCUGGCAAAAGUCCCUAUGGCACACCAUCGGGCGACCAACCCGAUAUUGGAGAACCACUACUUCCUUCAGGCCAACGGCCUAACAUUCAAUCAGGCAAGCCAUUCUCACCAACGGAUCCUUACGGCAACCCUCUUGGACCUGACGGAAGACCUCUUGGACCCGGUGGACCGGGUCGCAAAGACCCUUACGGCAACCCACUUGGACCUGACGGUAGACCUCUCGGACCCGGUGGUCCAGGUGGCAAAGACCCUUACGGCAACCCUCUAGGACCCGACGGUAGACCUCUUGGCCCGGGUGGCAAAGACCCUUAUGGCAACCCUCUAGGACCCGACGGUAGACCUCUCGGACCCGGUGGUCCAGGUGGCAAAGACCCUUAUGGCAACCCUCUAGGACCCGACGGUAGACCUCUCGGACCCGGUGGUCCAGGUGGCAAAGACCCUUAUGGCAACCCUCUAGGACCCGACGGUAGACCUCUCGGACCCGGUGGUCCAGGUGGCAAAGACCCUUACGGCAACCCUCUAGGACCCGACGGUAGACCUCUUGGCCCGGGUGGCAAAGAUCCUUACGGCAACCCUCUUGGACCUGAUGGUAGACCUCUCGGGCCGGGUGGCAAAGAUCCCUAUGGUAAGCCUCAAGGACCUGGUGGCCCACAGGGACCAGGCGGUAAAUGGCCUGGUCCAGGCAAAAAUUUGAAUGAUCCUUAUGUUGACGAAGAUGGAAUCACUCCCGAUUCGAGGAAACCGUAUAAUACCGCGCCUGGUGGACGAAGUCCUCAUGGUGGCCCUCAGGGACCAGGGGGCAAAGAUCCUUACGGUAACCCUCUUGGACCUGAUGGAAGACCUCUAGGCCCAGGUGGCAAAGAUCCUUACGGUAACCCUCUUGGACCUGAUGGAAGACCUCUAGGCCCGGGUGACAAAGAUCCUUACGGCAACCCUCUUGGACCUGAUGGAAGACCUAUAGGCCCGAGUGGCAAAGAUCCGUAUGGUAGACCUCUAGGACCUGAUGGAAAACCUCUAGGCCCGGGUGGCAAAGAUCCUUACGGUAACCCUCUGGGACCCGAUGGAAGACCAGGCCCGGGUGGCAAAGAUCCUUAUGGUAGACCUCUUGGACCUGAUGGAAGACCUCUAGGCCCGGGUGCCAAAGACCCUUACGGCAACCCUAUUGGACCUGACGGUAGGCCUCUCGGCCCCGGCGGUCCGGGUGGUAAAGAUCCUUAUGGUAACCCUCUGGGACCCGAUGGAAGACCUCUAGGACCUGAUGGAAGACCUCUAGCCCCGGGUGGCAAAGACCCGUACGGUAACCCUCUUGGGCCUGACGGUAGACCUCUUGGGCCCGGUAGUCCGGGUGGCAAAGACCCUCAUGGCAGACCUCUUGGGCCUGACGGUAGACCUUUAGGGCCCGGCGGACCAGGUGGCAAAGAUCCUUACGGUAAUCCUCUUGGGCCUGAUGGUAGACCUCUAGGCCCGGGUGGCAAAGAUCCUUACGGCAAUCCUCUUGGUCCUGGCGGUAGACCUAGUGGAGCAGGCGGAAAGGAUCCUUACGGUAAUCCUCUUGGACCUGACGGUAGACCUCUUGCACCCGGUAGCCCCGGUGGAAAAAGUCCCUACGGCAAACCGCAGGGACCCGGUGGCAAAUGGCCUGGGCCAGGACAAAAUCCCAAUGACCCAUAUGUUGACGAAGAUGGCGUUUCUCCCAGUUCUAAGCGACCCCACAACACAGCGCCUGGAUUUGGACUCGGCCCUCGAGGACCUCAUGGAGCAUCGCCUGCGCCUGAGCUCGGUCAAAUGACUCCUUGCGAUCUAGUCGUUCCAACGGACGGAGAAGCGGCACCUGGAACCCCUGUUACUGGUGAGGUCAUCACCCCGUCUAGAAGAAAAGCAGUGCCUAAGAUUGUUGAUAACCACGACGGCACAGUGUCUGUCCAGUACAAGCCCUCUGAGCUGGGAAAACAUUUGCUGAAUUUGAAACAGAAAGGAAAAGACGCUAAAGACAACCCGUUCUUCUUCAACGUUGAUCAGAUAAGGGAGGGCAAAGUGUCGGCCUAUGGUCCGGGACUGACUGCUGGACUUGUGGACCAGCCUUGCUUCUUCACCGUCUCAACCAAACAAGCCAAGGGACCAGGUGGUUUGAAGGUAUCCGUGCAAGGACCAUCGCGAGUUGAAGUCAAUUGCGAAGAUAAUGGAGACGGAACAUGCACGUGUCAGUUCACUCCCACGGCACCCGGGGAGUAUGUAGUAGAAAUCUUCUUCGAUGGAAAACCAGUCUAUGGGUCACCCUUCACCUCCAAGGUCAUUGACCCAUUCGCACCCUCAAAGCAGGCUUUCAUCCCAAUGGGAUCCGAGAGCAAGGUGACAUUGAAGAUCUCGGAGCCAGACAUCUCAGUUCUGACAUCGACCAUCAAGACUGCAAAUGGUCCCGAGGAGCCAUGCAAGCUGAUGAGAAUGCCGAACGGAAGCAUCGGAGUUUCGUUCACCCCGAAGGAGGUAGGGGAACACCUGGUGAAUGUGUACAAGCAGGGAUCUCACAUCCCCAACAGUCCCUUCCGCAUCAAUGUCAGUCCGGCCGAGAUAGGAGACGCGUCAAGGGUGCGAGUGUGGGGUCCAGGCACCACCCGUGCUGUGGCCAACCACAAGGCAAAGUUCAACAUCGACAUGUCAGACGCAGGAUACUCCAACUUGUCUCUGUCGAUGGAGGGUCCCAGUCAAGCCAAUCUAGACUGCACAGAUACUGAGAACGGCUACUGCGAAGUGAGCUAUAUGCCGACGGAGCCUGGCGAGUACACGCUCAACAUCAAGUACGGAGAGAGACACGUGCCCGGCAGCCCCUUCAGCGUCGUCGUCACUGGCGAGAUGGGAGAUCUGAGGUACACUGAGAAGACAUCCAAGACUAGGAAGAGCAACAGCCAGCUGGCUGAUGUAGGCAACAGCUGCGAACUGUCACUCACUCUUCCAGGGGCCAAUCCAGAGGACAUGCGAGCACAGGUGAUCAGUCCAUCUGGCAAGCAGGAGCCGGCAACUGUUGGGUCUGACAGUCGUAAUAAGUUCCAUGUGUCGUUCACUCCUUCGGAGUACGGCAUUCACCAGGUGCACGUGUUCCAUCUAGACAGGGAGGUACAGGGCUCCCCCUUCCAGUUCACAGUCGGACCCAUGGAUGACCAGGGCGCGAGUGCUGUGAAGGCAUACGGGCCUGGUCUGCAGUUUGGAGAAGUGAACCAGCCGGCGGAGUUUGUGAUUUUGACUCGGGAGGCAGGCGCCGGAUCCCUCUCGGUGGCAGUGGAGGGUCCCGCCAAGACUGACAUCGAACUAGAGGACAACAAGGACGGCAGUUGCAACAUACUAUUCUACCCCACGCUACCCGGGGAAUACCAGGUGAAUGUGAAGUUCAAUGACCAGCACAUCCCCGACUCCCCCUUCCGAGUACAGGUGGUGCCUGGAUCUCAGUCAGUCUUCCCCCAGCCAGACACAGGAUUUGCACCAGAGGAGCCCGCUUCUUUCGUGAUCACUCUGCCGAACGUGCACAAUGCGAGGGAGAUCGAGGCACGUCUCAUCUGUCCUUCUGGAAGAGAAGUUCCCUGCGAGGUGCAAAAGAUCGACAACCAAGGCAACUACUCGAUCAAGUUCAUCCCGGUCGAGAACGGAGACCACAGAGUGGACGUGUACGUGUGGGGUGCACAUGUGCCCGGCAGUCCAUUCCUCUUCAAAGUGGGGGCUGCGAGGGGAGAUGCGACUAGAGUGUUUGCGGAUGGACCCGGACUCUACCAGGGAGAGACAGGCAAGUCGUGUGACUUUGUGGUAAACACGUGCAAUGCGGGCAAGGGUACUCUUCAAGUAACUGUGGACGGACCCUCGAGGGUCACUAUGGACUGCAAGGAAGUGGAGGAGGGAUACUCUGUCAGGUACACUCCACACGUGCCGGGAGAAUAUGUCAUCACGAUCAAGUAUGCAGGACCAUACCACAUCUACGGAUCCCCAUUCAAGGCCAGCGUCACUGGACCUACCCUGCCUGGCUAUGCUGCCGAGGAGUACAUAAUGCAGCAAGAAGUAGUCACAGUAGACACGGUGGCAAAGACCAGAUAUAACUUCAGUGAUAACGCCGCCAUCUGCAAAGUAGCCGAGAAGACAUCGGCCGCAGACGCCGCCCAGGUGGUGUGUCGGGGUCCCGCUCUGAAGAGGGCCCAGUGCAGCAUCAUGAACAGUUUCCAAGUGGACGCCUCCAAUGCAGGUGAGUCGAUGUUGCUGAUUGGCUGUCGUGGACCGACUCUGCCGGCGGAUGAGAUUCUAGUGAAACACUUGGGCAACUGUCGCUACGACGUGCGCUUUCGCCCCGCCCAGCCGGGAGACCACGUACUGGUUGUGAAAUGGAACAACGAACACGUCCCUGGAUCGCCCUUCCUCGUCAUCGGAACUUGAAAACAAACAAGUGUCAUGACUUCCACCUGAACUUACUGAUGACAAGAUAUUAAAUUAAGACGCGAACAAUUCCUUUAUGAAGGGAAAUUUAUGAACAAAAAUGAGUAUGACCAAAACAUUGAUAAAAAAAAUCAAGUUGAAAGACUCGAUUGCGUUGCCUGAGUUUUUAAACAAUAAUCUGUGCUAUAAAGAGAAAAGAAAGCAACAUCUAAACUUAAAUGUUAAUUUAAAAUAAAACAUUCUAAAUAUUAUUGUCAACAUAAAUUAAUUCAAAAUUAUUAAUUACUAACAAUUAAAUAACCAAAUUAAGAUGCUAGAUAAUUACCAAAACUAAACCCGAUAAUUUCUGAGUUUGAAGUGAUUGACAUAUAAUAAAUUUAUUGGCGAUUUAUCUUGCAUGCUAUCUGUAAUUGAUGCUUUAGUUUGCAAUUUAAGUUUUCAAUCAA